AUGGCUGAGGGUAUAUUGUUUUCGGUGAUAACUCGCCCAGGCUGCACAAUCGAUGAUCUCAAGCUGAGUUUUGCCUAUGUGCUGCAACCACGUUUGCUUGUUGAACUGGUCCGAGUUUUGGAGAUGGCCGGAUGCCUUUCUGUUCGGAAAUCCGCUUCAGAGCCAUUUCGGAAAAAAUCUCCAUUUGACUCUGGAUCAUGUGAAGCGGAUGUUUUCUACGUUAUUCCAACUAAAGAUGCUGUUGAACGAUUUUCACGUAUAUUUGCCACUGUCCCAUUACCAAUUAUACUCACUUCACGAGCAGAAUUUGUUUAA